AUGGGAAUAACCCCCGAUCUCGACGGUACCAGCGGCACCUACGAGGCCAAUUGCCAUUGCGGAAACGUCAAAUUUCAAGUUAACAUCAGCCCGGCACUGGAGAAUUAUCCAGUAUCUAUCUGCAGCAUAUGCACUCACAAUGGCUACGCACUAAUAUAUCCUUAUAAGAAGGACAUCAAGUUUAUUCAGGGAAAGGAGGCACUCAAGGAUUACCGGUUUGGAGAUAAGAAUCUCACGCAUAAAUUCUGUCCAAACUGUGGCACCCCGGUUUUGUUUGAGUUUCAGACUUUCUAUACAGAGUUGAUUGGGAUCAAUGUUCGUACCUUCAAGGAUAUUGACAUGACGACUCUCAAAUACAAAAAUGUUGACGGGAAGAGCUUAUCUCCAAAGUACGAGGUUUAG